UGAGAGAGAACCGGAGGGACGGAGAGAGAUGAGAAAAGUGCAGCACUGAUAGAUCUGAUGGCAGAUGAAGAUGAAGCCAGCAGGUGCAUGAGAGAGAACCGGCAUAUUCCUCUCUCGUUUUGGGGACAAAGAAGAUCUGAGUGUGUAGAGAAAGAAAAGAGGACAGCAGCAGGAGGACAUGCACUUCUCCAAACUCAAGUGUUUCUUCACGACUUUCUGUCCAUCAUGAGCUCACUGAUGCUUUGAUUCAGUCAGAACUCACUGUUCGUUCACUAGAGAGACUCUCGGAGCAUUUGGGGCUGUUUCUAUUGUUCUGAUCUGGAAUAUAUAUGUGCUUUUAAGGGGAAAAGAAUGAAAAAACAAGUGGAACGUAGGAUAUGAAUCUGAGAUGGACAAUGCGUGUGUGUGAGGUCGAGAUGGCAGAGCUUUGGAUCCCCAUCACGAGCUGCACAAGCGCUCAUCAAAUGCUCCAGUUUGGAUAACGCACCACAACGCCACAGCACACUUGCCCUGUCUUUGUGCACACACACACACACACUCACACACACACACGACACACACACACUCAAAGGGCGAGGACCCCUUACAAAACGCAAGGGUCUGAGGAAACCGAAGGGCUUCUACUUUGGAUUGGACUUGUCCCAGCAACACUACAACUGAAACACCCACCACCCUGGACUCGUACUACCACUAAACCGCUCCAAAAGAGAGGGAACACCAGAUCGCAAAGAUAGGAAGGCAGAGUGCUGAAGAGAAUGAGUGUGGGUCGGAUCGGUCGCUACAGCAUCGUGUCGACGGAGGAGGAUGGUCUGCGUCUGACGACCAUGCAUGGUGGAGGGAUGAAUGGAUACGGCAAUGGCAAAAUCCACACUCGGCGGAAAAGUCGCAACCGCUUCGUGAAGAAAAACGGACAGUGCAAUGUGCAGUUCACCAACAUGGACGAGAAAUCCCAGCGCUACCUGGCGGACAUAUUCACCACUUGCGUGGACAUCCGCUGGCGCUACAUGCUGAUUGUUUUCACGCUAGUCUUCGUGAUUUCUUGGUUAGCUUUUGGCUUGGCGUUUUGGGUCAUUGCGCUUCUUCACGGUGACUUGGACAACCCGGCGGGGGACGAUAACUUCACGCCCUGCGUGCUGCAAGUGAAUGGCUUCAUCGCGGCAUUCCUGUUCUCCAUCGAGACGCAAACGACCAUCGGUUAUGGUUUCCGCUGCGUGACGGAAGAAUGUCCUCUCGCUGUGUUUCUCGUGGUCUUCCAGUCCAUUGUGGGCAGCAUCAUUGACUGCUUCAUGAUCGGCGCAAUCAUGGCCAAAAUGGCACGUCCCAAGAAGCGAGCGCAGACUCUACUGUUCUCCCAUAACGCCGUCAUCGCCAUGCGUGACGGGAAACUGUGCUUGAUGUGGCGGGUGGGGAACUUGCGAAAGAGCCAUAUCGUUGAGGCACACGUCCGAGCGCAGCUGAUCAAGCCACGGGUUACGGCCGAAGGCGAGUACAUCCCGCUCGACCAGCUGGACAUUAACGUCGGUUUCGACAAAGGACUCGACCGCAUCUUCCUCGUCUCGCCAAUCACCAUCCUGCAUCAAAUUGACCAGGAGAGCCCUUUGUUCGGCAUCAGCAAGCAGGACCUCGAAACGGCGGAUUUUGAGAUUGUGGUCAUCUUGGAGGGAAUGGUGGAGGCCACGGCCAUGACGGCGCAGGCGCGAAGCUCCUACCUGGCUAGCGAGAUUCUCUGGGGGCAUCGAUUCGAACCGGUGCUGUUCGAGGAAAAGAACCAAUACAAGGUUGAUUACUCACACUUCCACAAGACGUACGAGGUGCCGUCCACCCCACGCUGCAGUGCCAAGGACAUGAUGGAAAACAAGUACCUGGUGGUGCCCAGCGCCAACUCCUUCUGCUACGAGAACGAGUUAGCGAUCCUGAGCCACGAAGAGGAGGAGGACGACAGUCCGGAAAGGAUAAAGCCAGAGCGAGCAAUGAGCCUCAGCCCAGAGAGAACCCCUCGACAUGAUUUCGAACGACUGCAGAACCCUCGUUGCACAGAGCAAAGGUCAUACCGCCGGGAGUCGGAGAUAUGAACCUUUACUACCACCUUUUUGAUACUCAAAUUUUGUGUCAGAUACUGGAGCUUCUACAAUGCAGAACAAUGCAAAGUGCCAUACGGAGAGAGUGAGCGUGUGAAUGAACGAAAAAACAAACGGGUGAAUGUGCGAAAGCUGGAGAGACGCUUAGCGGAAGAUUCGAAGAAGGGCAGUGGGAAUCUUUUUAUCCUGCACGGAAAACUUGAAUCUUUUCCUCAUUUUGUUUCAUGAAAAUAGUUUAGCUGUUAAACUCUUCAUUCUUAAAGGAAUAGUUCACCCAAAAAUGAACAUUCUGUCAUAGCUUAAGCCCAAAGUAUACUUCACUUUUUACGACCACCCCGUUUUUUGCGUACUUUGUACACACAGGUUGCACAUGGAUGAAGCUUUCUAGAGCGCAUGUGUCGUUUGCGCACAACAUCCAAUGGAUUAUAUUUUGAAAGGCUACGUGCUCGACUAUACGCAUAAAUGAUGUAUACUUCGGGCUUUACUUGCCCUCAUGUUGUUCCAAAACUGUAUGACUUUAUUUCUCCGAAAAGUAUUUUGAAUAUUUCAAAACAUGGUAUAUUUGUAAAAUAAUUUUGAAACUGUAAUAAAGAAAUUAUAUUAUUUUAAAAUGUAUUAACAAAUACAAUAAACUUAGACAAUAUAUAAACAUAUUUUAUUAUAUUUUUGUUUAUAAAUGUUUACAUAUAUAUUAAAAUUUGCAUUCCACUAAAUAAAAAAAUAAAUAAAUAACAACAUACAUGCUUUAAACAACAUGAGGGUGUGAAAACUAUGACAAAACAAUCAAAAUAAAAUUUGGUGCACUGUUCUUUUAAUGUGUAAAUAUUUCUGCAUAGAUACAUGGUUUUGUGUGCGGUAUUAAUUUCUAGCAAGAGAAAAGCAAAGACAAUGUUACCUAUACAAAGAAAGAAAUGAGUAUUUUUAUUUUUGCAUUCAAUCCGAGCACAAACGACAAGCAAUGUCGGGGCACACGAUCCCUGGAGAGCUACACACAUUGAUCAGUGAGACAUGAUAAAUUCCCCCUUUACAACUGCACUACCUAGACAGACCAAGUGAACAAUGUGAGCACCUGAGUGUGAAUGUGUGUGUGUGUUUUGUGCAGCUGAGCACAAUGCCUCAUGUGAGACGCACAAGGAGAUGGUUAAAUGGCAAACACUCCUAAAAACGAUGACAUGCUCUUGCAUAUAUGUUAUAUAGAUAUAUUUACAGCAAAAUAGAGAUAUAUAUUUAGGUAGAUAGAUAUAUAAUGUAGACAUUAUCAGUUUGCACCACGUAACCUAAUAUAGCAGCAGAUCUUCAGAGAACUCAGUGGGGGAAAUCAUCUUAUUUUAACUAUUUAGAUACUUCAUUCUUUGUCCCCGAGGCUCUGACAGAAAUGCCUGAUAGAAAACUCUGUGUGAAUCCAGAAACUUCCCUUCAAAUGUUGUAUUUUAAUACAUUUACCUCUUAAUUUAUUUCAAAUUUCUGCUGAACUUUUCAUAAACAGAAUGGGAUUCAAGAAUGCCAACAUUUUUGCAUUUCUAUAUAUAUAAAACAAGAAAUUACACGCCUAACUAACUUGAAAUGUAAAGAAUGAGAAUGAUAGUGUAAAAUAUUCACUGAUCUAUGCACACUGUCUGACUGAGUGUUUAGUACAAGCUGCAUUUCAUCAUACUCUCUUUUUUAUCAUUGCGACAACAACCUCACUUAAAGCAUUUUAGCAAUUAAUUUAAGGAAUGUUUCAGGUUAAAUAAAGCUGUCAGUUAUUACAGAAUAUAAUUUAAUUGGUAUUUCAUGUAAAAGCAAACAAAAUGUUUACAGUAAUGCACUAAGUAGACUAUAUGGGGCAGGGCAUUAAAACACAGUGUCUUUGUUUCAAAACCUAAAUAGCUGUCUACAUAGGGAGACUUUCAGGUGCAAUCCAUUUCUAAAGCACCAUCAUCGUGAAGCUUCGAAACUUGCGAAUCAUUUGUUUUGAAUCGGUGAUUAACAGCAUAUCAACUGCCAAACGUAUGUUACUUCAAACAAACACUUGUUGACUCAUUCGAAACAAACAUUUGAAACAGUGAAUCAUUUUGCUAACUUGUUCAACUGAUUCGAUUUGAGUUUUGGAAAGCUCAGUUUCUCCUAUCAUUAUGGCGAAGCUCGGCAGAAACGCCACAAAAGAUGGCGGAUGAGGAAAAUGUUGAUAUAGACUAAAUGUACGUUAUUUCAAUAAACGGAGCUUCGAACCUCAUCCUUCAACUUGCUUCGUGAAGCUUCGAAACUCUGCGAAUCGUUUGUUUUGAACAUUGAUUCACAGUAUCGAUUAAACAGGGAUUCGUCACAUUUUAACUGUUUCGAAACGUUCGGAACAGUGAAUCAUUUGGCGAAUUUGUUCAAAUGAUUCAAUUUCGGAUUUUGGAAAGCUUGGUUUCUCUCAUCAUUACGGCGACAAGUUCAGCAGAAAACGCCACAAAAGAUGGCAGAUGAGAAAAACUUUGAUAUAGACUAAAUAUACUUUAUUUCAAUAAACGGAGCUUCGAUCGUCACGUCAUAACGCAACCUCAUCCUUCAACUUGCUUUGUGAAGCUUCAAAACUUUUGCAAAAUCAUUUGUUUCAAACCAGUGAUUCACAGCUUAUUCAAUCAGAUUGGGAUUCAUUGCGUUUUAAUCGUUUUGAAAUGUUCGAAACAGUGAAUCACUCUGUGAAUUCGCUCAGUUGAAUCGAUUCAGGUUUUGAAAAGCUCAGUUUCUUCUAUCAUUACAGUAACAAGUUCAGUGGAAAAUGCCAUACAAGAUGGCGGAUGAGGAAAAUGUUGAUAUGGGAUAAAUGUACGUUAUUUCAAUAAACGGAGCUUCAAUUGUCAUGUCAUAACACAUCCUUCGGCUUGCUUCGUGAAGCUUCGAAACUUUUGUCAAUCGUUUGUUUCGAACCAGUGAUUUACAGAAUCAUUUUGCAAAUUUGCUCAAUUGAUUUGAUUCAGGUUUUGGAAAGAUUGGUUUCUCCUAUCAUUACGGCAACAAGUUUGGCAGAAAACGCCACACAAGAUGGUGGAUGAAGAAAAUGUUGAUUAUAGACUAAAUAUACGUUAUUUCAAUAAAUGGAGGUUCGAUCGUCAUAUCAUAAUGCAGCCUCAUCCUUUAACUUGCUUUGUGAAGCUUUUGCCAAUCGUUUGUUUCGAACAGUGAUUUACAGCAAGUAUCAAUUAGACGAGCACUGGUCACAUUUUAACUGUUUCGAAUCGUUCAAAAUAGUGAAUCAUUUUGCAAAUUUGUUCAACUGAUUCGAUACGGGUUUUGGAAAGUGCUGUUUCUCAGUGGAAGUUCAGUGGAAAACGCCACAAAAGAUGGCAGAUGAGUGUUGAUAUAUGCUAAAUGUACGUUAUUUCAAUAAACGCAGCUUCAAUCCUCACGUCGUAACGCAACCUCAUCCUUUUGCGAAUCAUUUGUUUUGAACCAGUGAUUCACAGCAUAUUCAAUCAGACAGCAUAUUCAUUCGUCGCGUUUUAAAGUGUUGAAACGUUCGAAACAGUGAAUCAUUUUGAGAAUUCGUUCAGUUCAUAUAAGAUUUCAGUAAAUAUCAACAAAAAUAUAAGUAAACAUCAUUCAAUCUGAUUAAAAAGACUAUUUUAUCCAAUAUAGGUAUAUUUUAAUGCUUAUCAUGUUGUUAGUAUCAGAUAAACUCACUGUGAGUCUUGUUUGACAUGAUCUCUAUGUAUAUGUGGUACGGUUUAAUUUGGAAUGCUUAGAAAACAGACUUCAAGGCUGCUUACUAGGUUUUGGGACAAGGCACUGUUUAUGAAAGUAUCACAAAACAUUGUACGUGUUGACAUGAAACUAGUGUGAUCAUAAAACCUUGUUGUGUACAGUUAUAUCCAAUUUCUAAGAUCCUGUCAUGACCAUGUGAAGCCAGUAAACAACUAACUUUUCCACGGAAUGUUGAAAGAUACUAAAUAGACUUUUAGCUAGAGAAAACGCCACCUACAGGUGUUAGAGCAUUAGCACACAAGCAUCAGCCGAGGGACAAAUUUAUCAUCUGGUGCGUCUGACAACAUGCCACAGAUGUUUAAAGUGAGAAUUAGCUGUAUUUUUGCUGGAAUGUUCUUUUAAAAAGAAAGACAAAAUCCAUUAGACAACGUGGCUCAGACUGAAUGCUGCUGCAUAUCAUGAGAGACUGUGUGUGUGUGUGUGCGUGUGUGUGUGUUAUGUCAUCUGUCUGUGACUGUAUGAUAGUAUGAAGGGCACAUUCAUGAAGCAAUAAUGAAAAGAUCGAAGCAAUACGUGAUGUAUCAACCACAAUUUAUCAGGACAAAAUCAUUUCGGUUUUACCAGUUUGAAGUGAAGCAAUGUAUUCCUUAAGAAAGCACAGAGAGUUAUAACUUUUGUGAGCUGUACUGUACAACUUUUUUUGUAAAAAAAAAAAAAAAAAAAAACGAAAUGAACACUAGGUCAGUCUCUGCUUCUGCUGUUUUACUAUUAUUCCAAAGCCUUUUAUAUGAAAUGAUACACAUUCACUUCUUAUAGGAAUGGUUGGUGAAAAGAUUAUUUAAUAUUAUAAUACUCUCUUAUCAUUGCAUUUACAAAUUACAGUCAAGUGGACCUGCAAUGUAAAUGAUCUUGGAUAGUAACUGUGAGCCACAAAAACUGAAACCUGCUGGUUAGGUUUGCUCUUACGAUGACUGCUUUGCCUGAUGCAUGGAAGACGAUGCAUAACGAAGCAAAAUAUGCUACUGUAAGCUUUGCAGGUGAUCGUGAACAAAAAUGCCUCCUAGCAACCAAACUGUAAAGGAUAAACACUGUAAAGAAAUUUUUAUACUUCAGUAUUUCCAAAUGUUAUUGUUCAGUGUUGGAGCUUUGACUCUACUGCAUUUUAUUGGCUUGAAAGUGAAUGUUUAUCACAAACUGUUUAGACAAGUUGCAAAUGCAAAUAAUUAUGAUGGAGACAUUAUAAACCAUCUAACAUCAUGUAAUCAAUUUAAAAUACUGCAUUAUUCAAAGGAAAUUAUACCUGAAUAUGUGGGUCUCACUGCACAAAAUUAAUAAAAGAAUGAGGGUUAUAGAACAGCCACAUAUCUGAAUCAUAUAGAAAUGCUGAAUUAUUGUAGGUAGAAAUGGGCAAAACUGUCAAAAACAGCCAAUCUAGGAGACUGAAAGACAAUGACAAGAAACGCCUACAAGACGUGAUUUCUGCCAAAGAGAACGACACCUGCUACUGAAGCUACUGUGUUUUUAUGUUCCCCAGCAGAAAACUGCAUUUUAAUUUGUGUUGUACUCUGAAAAAAAUGUUUGUAGAGACUCACAUGCCUGGUUAUUUGAGAAAUUAGAUUGCAUAUGGUAUUGCUGACAUCAAGAUUAAUACAUGUAAACAUUU